ACCCUUCCCUCCCCCUCUCCUCCUCCCCUCCCGACUGGCACAGAGAAGAGUGUGAGAGACUGAGCGAGGGAACGUGGGAAAGAGGAAGACAAUGUACCAAACCCUGCUUCUUUCCUCCUCCCUUUUCAUCCUUCACGUGAUGGGCACGCCGCAGUUCUUCGCUCACCACGGAAGGAGGGUGUGUGGCCGAGACCUCCGUCACAGCGUUGUCAUGGCAACAGAGUCAUACGUCCAGCCGGUGCACAAGCCCUACAUCACCCUGUGUCAGGGGCAUCGCCUCUGCAGCACAUACAAGACUGUGUACUCAGUGGCGUACCGGCAGGUGACCAGAGCAGCACCUCCUUCGCAUUUCUACCCAGAGUGCUGCCCAGGCUGGCAGAGAUUUCACUCUCACAACUGCAACCAAGCUGUGUGUGGACAACCCUGUGUGAAUGGAGGUACCUGCUUAAGACCCAACCAGUGUGCCUGUCCGCUUGGCUGGACGGGGCCCCAAUGCCAAACAGAUGUGGAUGAGUGUAGCGAGCAGCGGCCAUGCGCCCAGGAGUGCGUGAACACAGCUGGCAGCUAUCGAUGUGCGUGCAGAGGAGGCUUCAAGCUUUCCGGAGAUGGCCGUUCCUGUCAAAGCCUUCCUCCUCCUCCUCCUCCUCCUCCUCCUACCAAGCCUUCUCCUCCCACCCAGACCAGCCAGGCAACAGUGGGUGGUCACACGGAUGCGGGUGGAAGGUUCAACGUGGUGGAGAAUGUGACGGAGGAGGUACAGAGCCUGAGGAACAGAGUAGAACUCCUGGAAAAGAAGUUGCAGUUGGUGUUGGCCCCCUUCAGCAGCUUCUUCCCACUGUCGCUGGACGAGGGCUUGUCGGAGAAAACCACCUUACUGUCCCACUCCUUCCAGCAACUGGACCGCAUCGACUCCCUCAGCGAGCAGAUUGGCUUCCUGGAGGAGCGCCUCGGCACAUGUUCUUGCCAGGAGAAUUAGCCACCGAACACGUCCCCCCCAACAUUUCCAGACAUCUCCCAUGAAGUGAACAAUGCCAGAGAUUGUACGCACCAUGAUGGCUGGCUAUGACGUGACACAAUCAUCGCACAAAUCGUCUGUGAUUUUCACUCUUCCCCAACGGCUUCAUUUACUUUUCAUGUUGGAUUACUGUCAAAUUCUUGAUAAUGUAACAGUACCUGUGGCAGGGUCACUUUUAGCAUUACGUCAUCCCUUUGACAUAUGAAUCAAAACCCCCUGAGGGUCAAAGGUCAAAUUGUCCACUUCUGUUUCUGUGUUUGUUUUGCAUCAGUGCAGCUGUGUCCUGGACAUCUGUAUUUAUCUAUUUAAAUUAUGAUUACUUUUAGUUAUUUCUCAGUGCUCCAAUAGACAUUUUUACCUAGUUUUGUAACAUUUUGUAAUAAAAAAAAUCUUAAUCAAAA